AGGAAGCCCGUUGUUUACCAUGGCGACGGGGACGCCACGGUCUUCUGUUAACAGAUACAAAGUGCCUCUAACAGUGUUUCUGUUCAUACACAUUGGUCUCCUCCGUGGCCAGCAGUACGUCAUUCCGUUUAAGGCUCCUUCAGAUUGUGGCGCUGAAGACUUUUUCGAUAUCUCGAGUCUGUCGUGUGUGAGGUGCGGCUCAAACCAGCGACGGAGCGCAACAGGACUGAGCUGCAUUUGCAAGACUGGGUACCAAACUCUUACCACUGACAAGGCAUCCAUUACUUGUCAGCAAUGUCCUGCUGACAGACCUGCAGUAAUUACAAAUGGCUUUGGGUGUAUUCGCUGUCCAGGGAGUGUCAAUGAUGAGGGGAAGUGCCAGUGCCCACCAGGCAAUGUCCUGGUGGAAAGAGAUGUCAAUGGAAAUCUUUUGGAAGAGGCCAGUUGUGAAGUGUGUAAUGGAAACUCCCUUGCUUUGUCCGUACCAAACCAAAGUGGAGACCGGUGUGAGAGAUGUCAGGCUUCCUUCAUUAACACCUCCUGUGUGUGUAACCCUCCGAAUGUCCUGGCAGGAGGAUUAUGUUUUCCUCCAGGCAUCCUCUCCACCAAUGUGAAUCCCAGUGUCAACUAUGCUCAGUUGAAGUUCAGUGUCCAGUCUGCCUGGUUCUUGAAAAACAUGUACUCCUCUUCGGCAGCCUGCCUGGUCUUCUCCAACCUGACGGCGUGUCAGGCUCUCGGGAACAUGUGUGUGAUGAACAUGCACUCCUUCACUGGCGUCUCCACCGAUGCCUGCGGUCUCUUUAACACCAUCUUCAGAUCUAGAGCUGCUUUGAGCUCAACUCAAGACAUUUCCUACUGGAGAGUUAAUCUGCCAUGGCUUUACUACGGGGACGAACCGGGACUGGCCGGUCGAGUGCUUCAGACCGAUCCUGUUCCCAUUGGGUUCAGUUUCAGAGGAAGAAACAAGAACACUGACAUUAAGCUGCGUGCUGCUGUCUAUAAUGUCAGAGGAGAGUUCCUCAGAUGGGAACAAGUAGGAGGAGGUAAUCUCCAGCUUUGUCCAGAAACCACCUCCAAACAGGCAGCAGCCUUCAGCUUUGGAACCGCUUACAGACAAAGUUGUGAUCUCUCAGUAGCAGAGCUGUUGGGUACUCAUCCCGAGCCGUUGUUCUAUGAUGUGUUUAUGGAUCUUGGUGGCGGAGAGAAGAGAAAACUUCUCCCCCUGCCUACGCUGGUCUAUAACCAGCAAUACAAUGGGCGGUUCAUCAACCAAGAGAGCAUGAAGAACUGGUACCUUUCUCGACGAAUGUUUGUUGUUGACACGCUGAGUGGAAGAGAGAAGAGCAUGAGUUCUCUGCCCAAAGUCAUCCGUGUAGCUACCAGUGUCAAAAUAAGGUUCCAGCUGGUUCCACGAACCCAGGAAGGACAGGUAUUUCCUCCUCUAAUGACUGUGACCUACAGAGACGUUCCCAUUACGGAUAUCAACACACAAACUGUGACUACAACGUUUGCUGUGGAGUAUGAGAUGGAUCAGAAUGAGGCUCGCAUUAAGACAGACACUGCUCUAGGUGUGAUGGGUGGUAUAGCCGUCCUCUACUCUCUGCUGAAGACAGUCAGCUGGAAGAGGAGGAUCGCCUCGCCCCUCAUUGAUGUGGAGACUAUGGUGAAGUUUUUGUUGUUUUACGCCGGAGAUCUGGCCAAUGUUUUCUUUGCCGUCACUGUGGGAACUGGACUUUACUGGCUCAUCUUUUACAAGGCCCAACAGUUUGUGUCUGUGCUGUUACCACUACCUGCUCAGGAGGAGCAGUUUGUGACGUACAUUGGUUGUGCCUUCGCUCUCAAGGCAGUCCAGUUUCUGCACAAGUUGGUCCUUCAGGUGUCAAUCGAUGUGUUCUUUAUAGACUGGGAGAGACCGAGAAGCAAAACUAGCAGAACUGUGCAAGCUGCUGGUGAGCAGAAACGUGACCCCUCUCCGGUCAGCAUCUGGAGAACGUACUUUGUGGCCAAUGAAUGGAACGAGAUCCAGACCAUCCGCAAGAUCAGCCCAACUUUUCAGAUCAUAGCUGUGCUCUUCUUUCUUGAGGUGCUGGGAUUCUCUAACUUGGCCCUGAGGGACCCCUGGUCAACUUUACAGCGGUCCUCACAGGAAUACAAGCCCUCAUACAGCUUGAUGCUACGCUAUGGUUUGGCAGCUACGCUAUGGCUCUGCAUCGGACUUUUGCAGGUGAUUUUCUUCACUGUGUUUCAUGAGCACUUUGUGGAGGACAAAAUCCGUCAGUUUGUAGAUCUCUGCUCCAUCAGUAAUAUUUCUGUGCUGCUGUUAUCGCACCGUUGUUUUGGCUACUACAUUCACGGACGUUCAGUACAUGGGCAUGCAGAUACAAACAUGGAGGAAAUGAACAACAAUCUGAACAGAGAAUCGGAGUCCCUGUGUGGUCAGAGAGGUCUACUUCCAAACACAGAGAUCCAGACCUUUCAGGUGUCUCUCACCAACCGCCUGCGGUUGCAGUAUGACAGGAUACGGGAGCAGAUCGGCAGGAGGCACGGACCAUCCCGGCUGAUAGACGCAUGCUCGGCUAACCAGUUUGAGCAGAGGGCCAGAGGCUACCAGACCAUGAACCACUUCCUGGGAUCCAUUAUAGAUCAUGCGCACCCUGACAUGGACUAUAUAGUGAAGGACAAGCUGAUGUUUGAGAGGAUCAUAGGGAUGGAGUUCCUUGAACCCAGUGAAAAAAGCAUAUUUUACAAUGAUGAGGCCCACUCCUUCAGUGAUGUACUGUUUUAUGGCAAUGAGGCCACGCUGCUGAUCUUUGACACUUUGUUCUUCUGUGUCGUCGACCUGGGAUCUCAGAGCUUUGUACUUGCAGCUGUGCUUACAUGCGUACAGCAAAUGAUAUUUCGUUUGAUCCGUAACACUCUGGGAAGGAAGAACCUUGUCAGCAAGACUCUGGUAGAUGAGAGAUUUCUGAUUUAAAAAUGCCCUGCUAGGUAUUUGGUUGUGUCAGUCUUCUUCAGUGGCAUUCCUAUCAAAUAUGUUUACAGCUUGUGCAGCUCUUUUUUGUCCUUUUCUUUA